AUGAACUUUAUGUUUAUAAUCGUUGGAUUUCUGAUUGUCUCAACAACUUCAGCAUCUCAAGCAACUACUAGUCCAACAACCAAUUCUUUGAAUUCUACACAGGACAAUAUAAAUGGUUCAAUUCAUGUUGAGAACACCUGUUUGGAAUAUAAACCCCAAAGCUGUUCCGGCGUUUGUGGUCAGUUCUUUGCUUUAUGGUGCUCAUGUGAUAAAUAUUGCCAGGUUUAUGGACGAUGUUGUUAUGAUUAUGAAUCAGAUUGUAAAGAAGAAUCAGAGAAAGCCAAACAAGAUCAUGAGAAUUUGAUGAACGUGACGGUAGAAUGUGACAGUAAUAUAUCAGGAUAUAACGUCCCUCAACAGAUUAUUACAAGUUGUUCUCUAACCAAUAUAUCCCUCAAGACGAUAGAAUUAUGUGAAGAAGAAUCCAGAUCGUCGGUAAUUGUGUCCAAAGUGAUGUCAAAAAUGACAGGGAUACAUUAUAAAAACCGAUAUUGUAUGUUAUGUAAUGGCGAAGACGAAGAUGAUAUCGUUUAUUGGCCCACAAUGAUUGGAUCUUAUAGUCGUAGAAAAAGGUUUAACAGUAUGACGAGCAUUUUGGAAUUAUUUCUUAAUUCUGUAAAAAUUAUCCCCCCUCCAAAUUCAAAGGAAAUCAUUUGUUAUCCCAGCAUGGUAUCGUCUUGCUCACCUAAUGCUACACAGGAAGAAAAACGCUCGUGUAGAGAAAGUCUCCAAUCGCCUAUUAGACACGAAAAGUUAAUAUACAAAAACACAUUUUGCCUUCAAUGUAAUGGUAUAUUGGAACCGACUGACAAUUGCUUUCCGGCAAAAAGAAAGGAUUUAUAUUAUGGCACAUAUGAACAAUCUUUCAGUUUGUCCAUGAUUUUCAAUUGGAAGAAAAAUAGAGAAACAUUUGUCCUUAUUGAUUCUCCAAUGAGUCUGGUGCAAAAUAUGUCUUGUUCUCUUGAUGACAAUGAAAAUUUAAAGGAAUGUUCAGUAAGACAAUGUGUUGGUACGAUUCAAGUAAUCAAUAAUACCUGUCAGUUACUACCAAACCAUUUUGGCUGUAUUCUGUACAUUUUCCGAAUUAAUUUCACUGUUCCUUCUAAUUCAUCCAGUGAGAUGACACAAGAAGUAGAGCUUAUUUCCUCCAAACUAGUUCAGUUAGCUGCCCAUUUUGAACGUAUGCAUAACGUAACCAAAUACUAUAGUACAAAUGUAACGCUGUAUAAUAUAUCCUUUGUGGAUGAUCAUAUAACAGGUAUAAUUAUACUCAAUAGAAUGGCUUACUAUUUAUGCAAUAGUCAAUUUGCGUUUGUAUCAUCCACUCGAUAUUAUGAGUAUUUAGAUUCUAAUUUGGCUUUCAAUCGUAAUGGAAGUAUUUCUACAAAAAGAUAUUCAGUUGGCUGCCAUUAUUGGUGUAAAAACACGGAGGACGUGGAGGUAACGAUAAGAACGAAUCUGAGAUACCAGCGCUCUUUUACUAGACAGGCUGAAAAUGAUAUUGAUCCGACGUCUUCUGUUACCAAUUAUACACCAAUUUCAAUAUACUUAAUAUCUUUGACAAGUAUUUUGGUGGCCCAAUUCGCACAAAUUUUGUUAAUAAAUAUAUAG